AUGGUGGCCACGUCGUCGUCGUCGUUGCCGCGGUGGGCGCCGACGCCGAGCCCGUCGCAGACGCUAUGGCGCUGGGGCGGCGGCGGCGUCGUCUUCGCGUGGGGCGGCCGGCGUCACCGAGGCACGGCGUCGUCAGACGGAGCGGCCGCCGCCGAAAGAGCCUGCGUCGUCGUCGUCCCCAGAUCGGGGUGCGAGCUGCAGGUGGUGGUGCCAUCAUCAACGGCGGAGGACGGCGGCGACCCCAGGGCGUUCCUAACGUGGGAGGACGUGCGCGUUUCGGCGGCCGGCGGCGGCGGCCCUCGCGGAGCGCCGGACAGGUUGCAAAAAAUUCAGAAAUUGCAGCAGAAGCAGUUGCAAUCACUGGCCAUGCUACCGUCCCGCACCAACUUUGCUUUGACACCAUUAUUGCCGAUGGAUCCUACACCAUUCAGUGACCACGCACGAAGGUUAGGACCAGGCAUGAAUAAAACAGGGCUGAUUUUAAUCAAUGGCCAGCAGGAGAAGCUUGCCUAUGGAACCUCGGCAUACGUGACCCAAGACAACGUGCUCAUGUCAACGCUGUCAGUGCGCGAGGCCGUGUACUACUCGGCGCAGCUGCAGCUGCCGGACACGACGCCAGCGUCGGAGAAGCGGGCGCACGCGGAGCGGGUGAUCCGGGAGAUGGGGCUCACCGACGCCAUGGACACGCGCAUCGGCGGCCGGAUCGCCAUGGGCAUCAGCGGCGGGCAGCGGAAGCGGCUGAGCAUCUGCAUCGAGAUGCUGACGCGGCCGCGCCUGCUCUUCCUCGACGAGCCCACCAGCGGCCUCGACAGCGCCGCCUCCUACCACAUCAUGAGCCACAUCGCGCGCGUCGCCGCCAGCGACGGCAUGACGGUCGUCGCCGCCAUGCACCAGCCUAGCGGCGACGUCUUCGAGCUCUUCCACGGCCUCUGCCUGCUCGCCGCCGGCAGGACGGUCUUCUUUGGGACCACCUCUGAUGCCACCGAGUUCUUUACUCUGAACGGCUUUCCAUGUCCACACCUGAGAAGCCCGUCAGAUCACUUCCUAAGAACAAUCAACAAAGACUUUGAUGAGGAAACUGUGGAGAGUUCUACAGCUAACAGGAAAACAGCAGCUGAAGCAAUAGACAUCUUGGCGACUGCAUACAGAUCCUCCAAUUAUUUAGAGAAAACGACAGAACAAAUUGUUGAAAUGAAAAACAUGGAUGGAGCUUCAUUUAGGAGGAGGGAACAAGCAAGCUUCGCCACAAAGCUCCUUGUGCUCACAAGGAGAUCAUUCCUGAAUAUGCACAGGGACAUAGGAUAUUACUGGAUGCGUUUGGCCAUCUAUAUGGGCAUUGGCAUAUGCCUAGGCACUAUCUUCUACCAAGUUGGCUAUAGCUACAGUUCUAUCCAGAGCCGAUGUUCAGUAAUAAUGUAUACAGUUGCACUUUUAACUUUCAUGUCUAUUGGAGGAUUUCCAUCUUUUGUAGAAGACGUAAAGGUCUUCAGAAAGGAGAGGCUGAGUGGCCACUACGGCGUGUCAGAAUUUGUGAUCUCAAACACCCUCUCAGCUACUCCAUACCUGUCUGUCAUUGUUGUAUUACCCGGCGCAAUGCUAUACUAUCUCACCGGACUAACUAAAGGCGUGGAUCACUUCACCUAUUUCGUCAUGGUUGUUUGCAUAUGUUGCCUUCUAGUUGAGAGCAUGAUGAUGGUUAUUGCUGCGAUUGUUCCGGACUUCCUUAUGGGAAUCAUCAUUGGAGCUGGAGUGCAGGGGGUGAUGAUGCAAAAUGGGGGCUUCUUUCGCCUUCCUAAUGAGCUCCCAAAGGCCAUAUGGAAGUACCCCUGCUACUACAUGACUCUACAAGAACGAGUUCAUGGGUUUGUCUUUCCCAAGUGA